AUCAUGGCCUCGGGCGGCGGCGGCGGCGGCGGCGACGGGAUCGGCGGCGGCAAGAUCCGGACCCGGCGGUACCACCUGGGCGCCGCGAAGCCUCCCUACGCGAGGAGCAAGCAGGGAAUCAUUAGCAGAGUGACAGAAUCAGUGAAAAACAUUGUACCAGGAUGGUUACAGAAGUAUUUCAAUAAAAGCGAAGAUGAAUGUGUAGAUACAAAUGAAUCCACAAACCAGGAAGAGAAUCCAGUCAACUAUCACCAUGAUUAUGCAAAUGAAGACACUAUAGUGAUUGAUGGGAGAGUCACGCCUGAAUCAGCAAGAAUUAAUUUAGAAGAACCAUCCACGAGUAGAUCUGCGUUGAACUUCUCCGAUGUGUUAACAAGGCCGUCUCUUCAUCGGAGCCAUUUGAACUGUAGCAUGCUGGAUUCUGCAGUACCACAUUGUCAGCCCUCUACGUCAUCUUCCCUUGGCGUUGGCAGUCCUGGACUGUCUCUUGUAAAAGAAAUCAAAGAUUCUACCUCUCAGCAUGAUGAUGACAACAUCUCAACAACCAGUGGUUUCUCCUCUAGAGCAUCUGAUAAAGAUAUCACCGUUUCAAAAAAUACUUCAGCACCACUGCUCUGGUCCACAGAGGCUGAAAGAUCUCAUUCACUCUCCCAGCAUCCUGCAACUAGCUCUAAAAAACCUGCCUUCAAUUUAUCUGCUUUUGGAUCUCCCUCUCCUUCCCUUGGAAAUACUUCUGUCUUUAAGACAAGCCGACUUGGGGAUUCUCCGUUUUACCCUGGAAAGACCACUUAUGGUGGUGCAGCUGCAGCAACGAGGGAGACAAAAGCACGAAUUGCUCCUUAUCAGCCCCCAGUAAGAAGACAAAUGAAAGCUAAGCAAGCAAGUGUGCAGUCCUACGGUGUGACAAGCUCCACGGCACGGCGCAUCUUGCAGUCAUUGGAGAAGAUGUCAAGUCCUUUGGCGGAUGCUAAAAGGAUUCCCUCUUCUGUUUCCAGUCCUCUGUCUUCUCCUGUGGACAGGAGUGUGCUGAAUAUGACUAGCUUCCAAUCCAAACGAAAUCAGAUGGAAUCUCAGUAUCCACCUGUCCAGAAACUCGUGACACCAAAGGCAAUCCUGCUGUCAGCGAAUCGGACCCAAUAUUUUAAACCAUCUCUGAGUCCUGCUACCGAUCCCAGCAAAGUUCACCAGAGAGUAGACCUAAAGCACAAAGGCAUGAGGGAGAAGAGUUUUCCUCCAGAACAGCGAGUAAAACCAUCUGAAAGCAAUUUGACUUACCCCAAAUUCAGUACUCCUGCAUCCAACGGCUUGUCUUCAGGAGGAGGAGUGGGUGGUGGUGGCAAGAUGAGAAGGGAAAGAGGAGUCCACUAUGUAUCAAAAUCUGAACAAAACCAACAGGAAGCAGAGGAACCAGUGCUACCGAAAGUACCCCUGCCCAUCAGCACUGCAUCGCUGCCUUCCUUCACUUUCCAUGCCGGUUCUGUCUCACUGUCACCAAGCGCUAGUUCAACAGCCAUGAUGAACAAGGUACAACCAGCAAGUAACGCUGGCAGUCCCGUGUUCAGAUUUUCAUCUCCAAUUGUGAAAUCUACUGAGGCAGAAGUGCUACCUCCGUUGUCUCAGAUUGGGUUUACAUUUAGUGUUCCUGUUGUAAAAUCAGCAGAGCUCUCUGGAUCCAGUGAUACACCAGUGACGUCCUUACUUAAUCUAGAUACCACCACUGUAAACAGCACCAGCAAUAAGAAGGACAAAGAGGAAUACGAUGGUCCCCCCAAACCUGCGAAGGUCUUAAAGGAAGGGAGUGUGUUAGACAUUCUAAAAAGCCCUGGCUUUACGUCCGUGAAAACACACUCCUCUGCAUCUGCACCGCCUGUUACAAGCACAGUGGUCUACACAAGGCCUGCAAUAAGUAGUUUUUCUGCAAGCAAAGACACCUCUAAACAAACAUCCACGUUUUGGCAGCCUGACACAUACGACCCAUGUCUACAAAACAAAACCACAGAUGGCAAAUGUGGAACAUGUGAAGCUGCUAAAGUGUCAACAGUCGAGAGUACAAAACAGACGAUAAGCUCAAGUCAGUGUGUCGCCUCCAAGGCAGCCGUUGCUACGGCAGGGACACUGGGCUUUGAAGACAAGUUUAAAACGGCACCCAACACGUGGGAUUGUGAUACCUGUCUGGUCCAGAACAAACCUGAAGCUACAAAAUGUAUAGCAUGUGAGACACCAAAGCCUGGAACGGGAGUAAUGCCUGCUCUGACGUUGCCAGUGGUCACAGACAGCUCGGUGACAGUGACGCCCUCCUCCAGCACCACUGACACAACAGUCACUCUGGGGUUUGGAGACAAAUUUAAGAAGCCAAAAGGCUCUUGGGAUUGUGCGGUGUGCCUUGUAUUAAAUAAGGCAGAAGACAGCAAAUGUGUAGCUUGUCAGUCCGAGAAACCAGGGAGUUCAGUGCCUGUGACCAGUAGCAAUGUUUCUGAAUUUUCUACUGCUUCUGGAGGAUUUCUGGAUUUAGACAAAUUCAAGAAGCCUGAAGGAAGCUGGGAUUGUGAGGUCUGCUUGGUCCAAAACAAAGCAGAAGCCACGAAAUGUGUAGCCUGUGAAAGUGCAAAGCCUGGCACCAAAGCAGAGCCCCAAGGUUUUGGUACAGCUGCUGUGUCCACAAGUGCUGCAAUGCCAUCAUUUACCUUCGGUGUCCAGUCAUCCUCCUCUGAAUCUUCCCAUUCGUUAGGUAGCACAGGAAGUUUUAAAUUAGGAGAACAAGGAAGCUUCAAGUUUGGCAUUGCAUCUGAAUCUGCAUCUUCCAACACUGUGACUGGGGGAUUUAAGUUUCCUGCUAGUUCAGGGAGCUUCAAAUUUGGAGUUUCAUCCUCAGACUCUAAAUCAGAAGACAGUAAAAAAGAAGGUAAAAGCAACAGUUUUACCUUUGGACUCCCAUCUACAAGCAGUCAGGCUCCUUCAACAUUUCAGUUUGGGACAGCGAACCUGGGACAGCAGGAAAAGAAAGAAGAACCUGUUUUGGGAGGCUUUGGUUUUGGCACAAGUUCUGCUUCUUCCGUAGCUACCAACGAGAAUAAAACCGGAGUCAGCGGCUUCACUUUUGGAACUGUGGCAGAAAAGGAGGUGGCAUCACCGGCUUUUGCGUUUAAGAAGUCGGAGGAGAAAAACGAUGAGACUCUUCCAGCAAAGGGAGGCUUCUCUUUCGGCAGUGUGGAGUCCACGCCUGCCUCGCAGUUUGUCCUGGGAAGGACGGAAGAGAAACAGGACUCUGUUGCUUCUACCACUCCACUAGUGUUUGGAAAGAAAGCCGAGGGUGAAGAGUUAAAGGCACAGCCGAUGUUUUCAGCUGGGACAGCUGAGCAUACCAAAGAGGAGAGCACAGCAAAACCCAUAUUCAACUUCAGUUUUGGUAAACCAUCAGAGAAGGAAAGUGAGCAGGCAAAGCCAGCUUUUGCAUUUGGGACACAAACCAGUACUUCAGAUCAAGGAGCAGCGAAGCCAUCCUUCAGCUUCUUGAGCUCUAGUUCCUCCAGCACAGCCGUGCCCACCACUUCAGCCAACAGCAGCAGUGUGUUUGGCAGCGCCAUCUCUUCCUCCAACCCUCAGCCAAAUCCUCAGCCGGUCCCCGCUCCCUUCGUGUUUGGACAGCCCAGCAACACUGUGAGCAGCUCUGUUUUUGGUAAUUCUGCGGAAUCUGCAGCUUCUCAGUCAUUUGGCUUCUCUCAAGAAAACAAACCAGCAACCACAUCUUCCAGCACCGGCACGGCUCUUUCUACCUUCCUCUUUGGUUCGGGCAGCACCAAUGCAGCAAGUUCAGGCUUUACCUUUGGAGCCACAACCACAUCAAGCUCAACAGGGUCAUCCUCUCCGUUUGUGUUUGGCUCCGGGCCGGCCGCCCCCGCAGCCGGGCCCGCGUUCGGCGCGGCGCAGCAGCCGGCGUUCGGGCAGGGCCAAGGGGCCGGGCAGUCGGCAGCUCCCACCUUCGGCUCGCUGUCCACAGCGCUGUUCUCGGGCGCCGCGCAGCCCGCUCCUCCCGCCUUCGGCUCGGUGACGAGCAGCACGCAGCCCUCGGUCUUCGGGCAGCAAGCCCCCCAACAGCCAGGGUUUGGCUCUGGUACCCCCAGUGCUGGUUCUGUAUUCCAGUUUGGAAGUAACACUUCGAAUUUCAACUUUCCAAAUAACCCAGGAGUAUUUACUUUUGGUGCAAACACCCCUGCACCAGCAGCCCCGGCACAGCCUUCUGGCUCCUCGGGAUUUUCCUUCAGCCAACCUCCAACAUUUACAAUGGGGACUAAUGGGAAAAAUGUUUUCUCUGCCUCUGGAUCUUCAGUUUCUGGCCGGAAGAUAAAGACUGCAGUUAGACGUAGAAAAUAAUCGCCCGACGGGUAAAGUGACUUUGGAAGCAGCUACUCCCCUGCAUUGUUCAGUUGUUGGGAUCGUACCUCAUGCUGGGUUAGCUGAAGCCAGAUCUGCCCACAGGAAUAUAAAACUCUGCCUCCCUUCCCUUCCCCCUCCCCGGUUAGGUUUUGGGGUUUCUCUUUUUUUGGUAACGUCUGCAGUUGACAAGGGGGCCCGUUCUCGAGCUAAACUCUCCUCGACUCCAGCAAGCUCCUCCUUCCAGCGACCCGGCAUGGUCUGGCUGUAGCCGUGCGUCGAGCCCGCCCCGCGAAUGGCUUGUCCAGCACCUCCUCACCUUUCCUGCCCUGCCCUGCCCCGCUCCGCCGCCACGCUGCCCUCGCCUCGGCUCCGCUCCGCUCGGCUCGGCCAGGGACGCCCCGCAGGGUAAGGGGGUGUCAGGUAACGACUGAUUGCUACGCUGAGUUUGUGCCCGGUGUAUGUGUGAAAAGUUUGAGUGAGUUUGGGUGUAUCGUGCACUAAAAUUUUCUCUGAUAGGGGAAGACUGAUUCGAGGAUGAUCCGUGCUUAAGGACUUGUUAGAUCUGUAGUUCUUCAUUUAAUAAUUAUAUGCUAUUUCUAUAUUUUCAUUCUUACAGCCCCUUUACCGCCCGUCUCGCCUUGGUUAUUUUAUUAUGAAACAUGUGUAAAUACGAUUUUGUUUCUCUCUCUGUACCUUUUUUGUUUUUGGCAUAACAGAUCUGUGAAAUGGAAAUUUUAAUUUUGUGUGUUACGGCCAUUUUUUGUUUAGUAUUGUCUCAGAUUUUAUGUAAAUCCCAUUAUUCAAAGUUGCCUAAAUCCAUUUAGAAAAUCUUUAAAAUUGGGAAUUCUUAAAGUAAGUUUAUUGGCUUUUCUGAUCCAUUUUUGUUUGGACCAAAAACCAGUAUUGUACAAAGUAUUAAGUAUAUAUUUUUAUAUUUACUGAAAUGGACUGUGGUGACUUUGGAUAAUAAGGAAAAGUUUAAUAUUAAAGCCAUGUUUAUUACAGUAUAAUUAACAUGUUAAACCAUGGGAUAAAUGCCAUCAAUAAAACCGAUGAAAUAUU